AUGACAGAUCUGCAGAAGCAAGUCGGUCAGCUGUUUGCGGUCGGUUUCCAUGGCCAGACCCCCAGUGCGGAGAUCAAGAUACUGAUCCAUGACUAUCAUGUUGGAGGCAUUGUUCUCUUCUCUCGUAAUUUUAAGAAUGCCCAGCAGCUUCGAGCAUUGACUCUCGCUCUGCAACAUGAGGCUCGCAUGGCAGGCCACCAACGACCUUUAUUCAUCGGAAUUGACCAAGAGAAUGGACUAGUCACCCGGAUUUCUCCUCCAAUUGCUACUCAGAUCCCUGGCCCAAUGGCUCUAGGAGCUACUCAUGACCCGAAGCAUGCCUUUCAAGCGGGACAAGCCACUGGAGAGAUUCUUAGUUUCUUUGGCAUCAAUAUGAACUAUGCACCGGUUUGUGAUAUCAACUCAGAGCCCCUAAACCCAGUCAUUGGAGUCCGCAGCCCGGGUGAUAACCCAGAGUUUGUGGGACGAUUUGCAAGCGCAACUGCGCGGGGUCUUCGAGACCAGAAGAUCAUCCCUAGUGUGAAGCACUUUCCUGGUCACGGCGCCACUACCGUUGACUCACACUAUGGACUCCCAGUGAUUUCAAAGACGCUGGAUCAACUGGAACGGUGCGAACUGAUUCCAUUCCGCCGAGCAGUGGCUGAAGACAUUGAGACAGUCAUGACUGCCCAUAUCUCACUGCCUAGCAUUGAUGACAAGCUGCCCGCAACGCUGUCACCAAAAGUGCUUGGUAUACUGCGCAAAGACAUGGCAUAUGACGGUAUGAUUAUUACUGACUGUUUGGAAAUGGAUGGCAUCCGAUCAACAAUAGGCACUAAACAGGGGUCGGUUCUUGCCAUUCAAGCCGGUAGUGACAGUGUCAUGAUCUGCCAUACAUUUGACGUGCAGAUUUCCUCUAUCAAGGGUGUAUGCAAAGCUGUCGAAACUGGAAACAUCCAGCUUUCUCAACUAGCGGAUGCCUCUCGUCGAGUUGCUCAUGUUAAGGACAAAUUCCUGAACUGGGACACCGCAUGUCAACAACAAAAUCUAGCAAUUCUUGAUGCGCUGAAUGAACGAAUCUCUAUUUUUUGUAAAGAUGCAUAUGAGCGUUCUGUUACGCUUGUUCGCGAUCAAAAUAAGAUUCUUCCAUUAUUGAAAACUUCGAAUAUUGUCUUUCUCUUCCCAGGUGACAAGACUCCCGCAGGCGGUGCAGUUGAUGGAGAGGGUAUGGGUCGAAAAGGCUCUUACAGCGCUACUGUUUAUCUUGAUGCCCUUCGACUUCAUAAUCACUCCAUCACUGAAAUCAGAUAUGGAGAGAGCGGCCUAUCAACAGAGGAACUGGAUCUUAUCAAGGCUGCUGAUGCUGUUAUUUUUGUCUCAAUAAAUGCGCGCGAAUCUCCAUAUCAGGAAAUUCUUGGCCAUGAGCUCCCUCGGCUGACUAAAUCUUUGGUAGCGAUUGCCGCAUGCAGUCCUUAUGACUUUCUCGAAGUCCCCAAAAUUCAAACUUAUAUUGCCACUUAUGAACCAACAAUCGAAAGCUUUUCUGUGGCCGCCAGAAUCAUCUUUGGAGAUUCCAAACCAAAGGGCUCUCUUCCAAUCGGCCCAAGUGUGUCCUCAAAAUCAAAUGGCACCAUACUACCAUUUGAUGCGGGAAAAGACCUUGACGAGAUGAUAUCGACGUGGGAAGCAGCAUUGCCGACCUAUCUCAUUCCUGCUGAGGACCUACGGUCGUUAAUUGCCCAACCUAACGCACAUCAUUUCGUUGCUCGUACCGGACUAGAACUGACCGGAUUCUGUCUUGCCUUUUUAAAUGCUCACGGUCCACCCGAAACUGUCCAUAUUGCAGCCCUGGUCGUGUCUCCAAAGUAUCAAGGUCAAGGAAUCGGAACAUCUCUCUUAGCCGAGACUCGCUCUUAUUUCAGAACCCAGUUCCGAUUGAACUCUUUGAAGCUAGGCAGUUCUUUCCCACGCUUUUGGCCCGGGAUACCUCGUGAUCUUCCGGAGUCCGUCCAAGAUUUCUUCACUCACCGUGGCUUUCGACUCAGUCGGCCGGGCUCCAGAUCCGUUGAUUUAUACCAGGAUAUCCGGAAUUUCCAAUCACCUGAGAAGUAUAUGGACCGAGCACGGGAGAGGGGUUUCCGCUUUGCAGCAUUGCAACCCGAAGAUUAUGAGGCGUGUAUCAUCGGGCAGACGAAGAACUUUUCUGAUAAAGCGGGCUGGGUCGAAGGGUAUAUAAAAUUACACCCAAGCGAAUAUCCCGACUGCAUCAUGACUGCUUUCGAUUCUCAGAACCAACAAGUUGGAUGGACAUUUAUGCUCCCCCCAUCGCCUGUCGUAAACAAAAUUUGGGCAUUCCCCCAAACUUGUGGCCCAAAGACUGGUUUGAUCGGUGCUGUUGGUGUUGAUGCUGACCACCGAAAAUCUGGAAUUGGAUUGGCAAUGCUAUGCCAUGCCAUUGAGAAUAUGAAGCAGCGAGGGAUAGAGGGGGUAUUUGUGGACUGGGUUGCUCUUGAUGGCUGGUAUGAGCAGAUCGGUUUUGAGACUUGGAGAAGUUACCGUCCUGGAGAAAUCUGA